AUGGUGUCGCUGGGCGUGCCCACUGCCAGGUUCGGCAUGCCGCCAGAUCCUGACAAGCCAGAGCCGCACUAUCCAGGCGUCUCGUCCAACAAGUUUGACGCCCUCGGGGCGCUCAAAGUCUACAGAGAGAGUCUCAAAAAAGAUGCGGAUAUUCGGGCGAAUCAGAUUCAGUUGCAAGCUGAGAGACCUGGACCGGUUCAUCACAGGCGCCGCCUCGAAGACUUGAUGCCCGGCUUGGCUUCGGUGGCGGAAGCGUAUGAACACUUGGGAUACAGUGCUGAUCCCAUCACACGGCGAAUGCUCCCUCCGACACAGUUGUCUGGUCAUGUCGAAGGCUAUCAUCUGUUUUACGAGGCGGACAAGAUCGCGAUGUAUCGCGACAAUCCAAGCGUGUUUCCAAGACUAUGUCCGAAGGCAGGCUGCGCCACUUCGGAAGAGUCGAGGGAGGAGUUUGCUGUCUCAGCCCGCAUGACAAAGCGCUCAUUCAAAAGGCCGAGUGCAGCUUGCAGCCUUGCCAAGCUUUUUGUGAACCUUUCCUUCGCAUUUCAUCUCAGUGAGAUCGUAUCGGCUGAAGGUUGCACAGAGGAAGCGGAACUACCGACAAGCUGGUGCGAGAAGCGACAGAGGGUUCUGGCUCAAGAUGCAGCGACCCCAGGCGAUGCUCGACCUCCCGAGGCCGACAACGAGCACGCCGCGGAGCUUGCCCGGACGGAGCACACCGCGGUGCACACCGCGUACCAAGCAGCGGCCAGCCUCGGGUUUCGUGCUGCCCGCGGAGCUGGGCCUUGCAAGAAGGACUUUCAACGCCACUGCAGCUCCAGUCUAUGCAUUGUCGAUCACGCCCAGAACUGGGCUGUAUGGGCAGCGGCCACAAACCGUCCAUGCAGCAUGUUCUGGGAAGCCGCUGCACGAGCGGGAGUUUCCAACGAGGUUUGGACUGGAGCCGGCAGGAGCGGCUGCCGCUGGCGACGUUAUCAUCACCAGGUCCUCGGUCAGAACGUACCCUGGGGGACCUCUUUCUCAAUGCAGCGUGGAUCGUGA